CUGAUGUCAGAAAUGCAUUCAAUUCCAUCAGCAGACAACAGAUGUUGGAGCAAGUGGUCGGGUCAUUUCCAGAUAUCUUGAAUCAUGUAGCUCAGAUGUAUGGGAGGAUCAGCCCAUUGGUAUUCAUGCAAGGUAUCACUCCAGUUACAAUCGAAUCUGCAGAAGGGGUCCAUCAAGGCGACCCGCUGGGGCCAGUUCUAUUUGCCACUGCCAUUCAUUCUGUUCUAAAAGAUCUUCAGGAGAUGCAUCCGAAGGUUCGUAUCUUGGCAUACUUGGACGACGUCUUUGUACUGGGUCACCCUACGGAUAUUCAGUCUGCCUUUCAAGAUCUGAAAAAGUCUUUUUUUGCCAUCAACAUGAUCAUUGCAGAUUCAAAGUGUGAGAUCUACUGCCCUUCUACACGUGAUCCUGUUGAAGGCUUUGACUGCAUACCAGUCACUGAUGAUGGAGCCAUCUUUCUUGGAGCACCCGUAGGCACACCUUCAUUUGUUGCCUCCUCUUGCUCGAACAUCGCAAAGUCAAAAUUCUUACUGUGUAACGAACUUGUUCAAUUGGGAGACAUACAGAGUGCCAUGCUCUUGUUGAGAGGCUCUCACGUCCCUUGCCUGAAUCACUUGGCACGCUCAGUUCGUCCUGAGUUGCUCACACAAGCAGCUUCAAUUCACGACUCUCAGACAAGAAAGACAUUUUGCCAUCUACUUGGGUUCAACGAGAUUGAGGACAUGCCUUGGCGCCAAGCUGUUUUGCCAAUUAGACUUGGUGGCUUUGGCAUGACUUCGUUGGCUUUUGUGUCGCAGCCUGCCUUUGUUGCAUCCUGGGCUCACGCCAUUGUGGAACUGCCUCUUCGUUUUCCAAGUCUCUUUCCAGCUGUUGACAGCCUAGUUAAUUCAACUACUGGGGCUCUUAAUAACGCCCUGACCCAAUCUGUCCCUGAUGGAAAGCAUAUUUCCGAAUAUCUGACAUCUGCAGGCAAAGUUCAGCAUCAGCUAUCCAUGUCAUUUGCUCGCUGUGAGGCAGAAAUCUUGUUCACAGAUGCACCCACAGCCCGAGAUGCCGCACGACAUCGAUCUACAAAAGGAAAAGGAGCUGGUGCAUGGCUGAACGCAAUCCCGACUUCAGAAGUGCUCGCACUAAAUUCUUACGAGUAUCGUUUAGCGUCCUUGCUGAGGUUGGGCUUGCCCAUUCCACUUUCUGACUGGAUGACAACAUGCAACUGUGGUGCCUCCCUGGACAGCAGUGGGUACCAUCUGCUAACAUGCAAAACCGGUGGAGGGCCAGUUUGGUCGCACGAAUCGCUCGCAUCAGUCUGGUCUGAUUGCCUGCGGGAGCUGCACAUCCAUCAUCGAAGGGAACCGAGGCAUCGGUAUGCCAAUUCCAAUGACCGGCCAGACAUUGUAGCCUUCGACUCAGACUCUGGGUGCAAUGUGGAUCUGGACAUAGCUCUAGCACACCCAUGGAGCUCGGACAUCUUCCCUAGAUCUUCGGAAACAGAUGGCGCCGCUGCUGAGAGAAGAGAGGAGAGAAAAAAGUCAAAAUACGAGAAGGAUUGUCUACCAGGUGGAACUGCUGUCAGUCUCAUUCCUCUGGUUAUGGAGCAUUUUGGACGCUGGGGUGUCAUGGGAAGAAACUUCCUGCAGAAACUAGCAAAGAAAUCAUGUGACGAAAUUGGUAGACCAAACGCUGCAGAGUUCCUUGACUUUUGGCGAAAAAGAUUCUCCCUUCAGCUGCAAAAAUGCAAUGCCAAAGUCAUACUGAGGAAGAUGGCAAGCUUGUCAAGUGACACAAGUAGCGCUAAGUACUCAACCCAGUUCUUUAGCCACUAGGCUGACCUGGGUUAUCUUUUAAGUUAAGUUGUUACUGUUUUUUAGUGCUUUUUCCUGU